AAAAGAAAAAGAACAAAAAGAACACUGACCCAAGCCCCCCAAGUGGCCCUGCAGGCACUGCCCCCCCCCGAGAUGGUGCUGAGGAUGAGGGAUGCUGCCCAGAGCCCUCCCCAUGCCCUGGGGACUCCAGAGACCCCUCGGGGGAGCCUGAGCCGGAGGACACGGCAGCGACAGAGGAGGAGCUGGACCUGAGCUGCACUUUUGUCUGCAAAGCACGGGAGAAGGCGAAGGUCCGGCUGCCCCCUCCAGGCAGUGACCGCUCCCCUGGGACACAGAGCGUGGAGCCAAGCAGGAAGGUGCCAGAGAAGGGGGGUGGGGAGCCUGUGGAGAGACCUGUGCCCCCCCAGUCCCUCCAGCCCAGGCCACCCAGCCCCAGCACGGUAGAGCAGAGCCUGGCGCUUGCAGGCCAUGGCAUCGAGGCAGCCCAGAUGGGCCAGCACACCGAGGCCGUUUGGGCUUUCACCGUCGCCCUGGAGCUGAACCCCCAGGAGCACCGGCUCCUGGGGAACCGCUCGUACUGCCUGGAGAAGCUGGGCCGCUACAAGGAGGCGCUGGAGGAUGCGGAGGCGGCGCUGGCGCUGCGGCCAGGCUGGCCCAAGGGCUCCUUCCGCAAGGGCAAGGCCCUGAAGGGGCUCCAGCGGUACGCCGAAGCCGUGCACACCUUCGAGGAGCUGCUGCGGCAGGACGGGGCCUACACUGAGGCAGCCACGCAGCUGAAGGCCUGCCAGGCCCUGCUGCAGCAGUGUGGCAGCCCCAGCAGUGUCCCCUUCCUGCUCAAGGCGAAGGAGCCGCUGUGUCUCCCUGCGGGAUGGACGACCAGGAGCUGCCAGGACGCAGGUGGCACACGCGUGAAGAAAAGCAGCGCAGGGACCCCCAAGAGAGACCCGGGACAGGGACCUGCUGUGGCCAGUGGCCACCCAACACUGCCACCGAGCCACCCUGCCAGGGACUGCUUCCCGCUCUGGGUGGGCAAUGUCACCUCCCACAUCAAUGAGAAGAUGCUGCGUGGUGCCUUUGGCCGGUUCGGGGAGAUCCGCUCCGUGCGGCUGCUCCCAGGACGCCACUGUGCCUUCAUCAACUUCUCUGGGAAGGCGGAGGCCGAGGAGGCCUUCAGGGCCAUGCAGGGUGCCACCGUGGAGGGCAGCAAGCUGUUGCUGCAGCUCAAGCACCCGGUCCACGCCACCCCGGCCCCCGCGCCCCGUGCCAAGGGCAGGGCCACCCCCGGGGGCCUCAGUUGACCCUGCUCUGUUGGGGGGGCUCCCAGGGCCACCCCCGGGGGGCUCAGUUGACCCUGCUCUGUUGGGGGGGCUCCCCCUCACCUGCCUGUACCUGCCUGUGCCUUGUCCCCCACUGCCGGGGGUGGGAGUGUCUCCCCCUCCUGCCUUGGGGGUGCUGGGGGUCAGGGCCCACCCUGCAGCCCCUUGUGCUGAGAGGGUGGGCCCGUUCCCUGUGACCCCUCAGGGAUUU